UCUCUCUCAACUCAUCUUUUGCAUUUUUUCGCUCAGAAAAGUAAAGGUGGGACAUUUGCAUCUUUUGCAUUUUUUGCAUUAUGUGGGAAAUUGUUUAAUCGUUUUCUUAAGCAGUUUUCUUGAAUGAAAUGAAAUUUUGGGGUUUUCGAGAAAAGGGAAUAGAGAAUUUUGAGAGUUCUGUACCGAAUCGUGGAGUCAAGCAUGUAUUCUUCUUUGAUCCAGAUGUGGCAUUUAAAUCUUGGGAGGAUCAUAGAAAACAACUUGAAUUGGAGAAGGCUCGUAAAUCUGGGCUUGCACCAACAGAGGUUGAUGAAGAUGGCAAAGAGAUUAACUUUCAUAUUCCUCUAUAUGUCAUUUUUGAGAACCGGUAUGCUUUAAAUUUCUGAGAUUGCUAAAUUAUUUUUGUGAGAGUGUAAUGUCUAAACUGGAUAUUUAUGUAGCAUUGUUCCUUUCUAACUUAUUGUUAGAGUUUGAAACUUGAGAGGAAAUUAAAAUUGGAUCCAAAUUAUACUA